AUGGAGAAGGCCGAGGCAGCGGUGGUCGUUCGGCGUUCUCCAGGGAACCCUCGCACACAAUCGGUGCAGAUUUUGGAUCCCAAUGAAGUGUGGAGAAUGCCGACGGUGCCCAUCCGUGGCCGGGUGAACAGUCUUAGCCCACCAUAUUCGAGUCACAGCCAAAGUGCUGCUGUGAUCCUGGCGGCGUUGAGUAUCGGCGUCCUCAUUGCAGACCGCUUGCCUCCAGAGCCAUCCACUUGGGGCCAGAAGGCCUUCCGUGCGUGGAUGUUUUUGCCGGCCAUAUGGUUGCCAUUGUUGGCAUGGGUUUUGAAAGUGGACCCCCGAGCUAGUGUUCCUCAAGCUCGUUGUCAGUGCUCCCGCCCACUGGCACGCUGCAAGCAUGGUUGCAUCUUCGAAGUGGCACCAAAGACCCGGCACUGCCGCAAAUGCGACAAGUGUGUGGCUGGUUUUGACCACCAUUGUCUUUGGCUCAACACAUGCAUUGGAACUCGGAACUAUGGACGUUGGCUGCUUCUCUUGGCAGCGCUUUGCUGCUGGACCUUGCUCAGCUCUUGCAUCUCUGCCUUUGCGCUCUUCCGCUGCCACGCUAGGGGGAGAACGCUCGCUGUGGGCCAUCGGCCAGCCGUGUUGGUGACUGGCAGUCUAGCCACCUUGGCUACAACGUGGCUUCUCUUGCUCUUGGGAUUGCACGUGUACUUUAGUGUCAUGGGCAUCACUACGCUGGAAUGGGCCACUGGCGGAAACCAACUGAGGGGGCAACUCCAAAGGUGUCAAAGCCUCCAAUUCUCCAUUGUGAGCAUGAGAUGCCUGCCAAUGCAGACCUUGCAGACACCCCUUACACCCCCCAAGAGGAAUUUGGUGGAGGCUGCCGAAGAGGCUGUACCCGAAGUGAACACCAUGAGGCGAUCACAUUGGUCAAAGCUUCGAGCAGCUGUCCUGUCAGAACCUUCACUGAAGACACCAAGUUCUUUCAAGUGGCGCAGGCGCUUGUCAUUGUCUUCCGUGGCGGUGGAAGAGACAUCUGAGAGUGAGGAUGUGGGGGAGGAUGUGGAAUCAUUAGAUGAUCUGACCCCUGCGAGGCUCCGAGUACCUUCCUGGUGGCCCGCUGAGCUUUUGCAUGCCUUGGGACUUCGCGUCGUGUUGCCCACCGCGCAGUACUUGCGGCAGCCGUGGGGUGAGAGUGCCACCUCAUGGUAUGGCUAUGCCUCUCCGAACCACAAUCGUGUAGGUGAUCCGAAUUCAUUGCGCGCGACACGAGAGAAGUUAGAUUGCCUUCUUCAUGAAGAAGUCAGCAGAUUAGGUGAUGGCCGCUACGUGUUCCUUGGUGGUGCCUCUCAAGGCUGCACCACAGCACUAGAUGCCUACAUCCGGCUUGCUGUCGACUUGAAACUGGGCGGCUUUGUGGGUAGCAUUGGUUUUGUGCCAACGGACUCCAAAGGUUUCUAUGGUGCGGACCGAGCACUUCGAACUCUGAUGGCAGAUGAGCAGCAGGCUGCACAGCCGGUUUGGCUGCAAUGUGCAAUGGAUGACUUUGUAGCGGUGCCCUGGAGGAGUGUCGUGGAGCCCUCCUUGCGGCGGGCCUCGAGGCUGCCAGGCUUGCAGCUGCGCCAGGUGGCUGGACGAGGUCAUGGGAUAGAAGACUGGGAGGCCCACAUUGUCAACGACCUCUUGCGCGCCCACGCGCCGUAUGCCUACACCCGUGAAGCGAGUGAAAAGAUAUCCUCCAGACCACAGUAG